AUGCAACUUCCUCUUGGAAAAGAGGGAAAAAUUAAUUCUGUAUGCAAUCAUGAGCCCAACCUACUUAUGAGCAAUAUAAAGACCCCGAGGACGAAUUCUCAGCACUCUUCAAUAAAAUUUCUUGAUUAUUCAUGUAUAUUUAUUCAUUACUAUGCAAUACUGCAUGAAAUUCGGGAAAAAACACCAAGUUCCAGGGGAAGAUGGCUUACAAAAUGCACUGCUUACCAUGAAAUUAAGAUUUCUGAGGAGAACCAAGUCAUAUCUCCGGCAAAUUUAUUGACGGAUUCACUGAUUGCAAUUGCAAUUACAAGUUUAUUAGAACAAUUCUCGAAAAACUUGGAGGGCUUUGUUCUCUAUGGCAGAUUUAAAUGCUUUCAUUCCGAUUUAAAUGAUUUCAUGUUAGAUUUAAAUGAUUUGGACGUCAGUCUGACUUGCGAAAGAAAACUGAAUUUUGUAACAACUCAAGAUAUACGAUCUAAUAGAUGUGCAAAGCAAACUCAGAGGUUGCUUCGUUUUUCAGUUCACUCACAGAACGAUGAAAGUCGAAAAACAUUGAGGGAAUAG